ACGCUAAUCUUGUCAAUGAGGUUAGCUAGGCAAGCAAACAUGUCAAAAUGACCCCGUCCUAAUUAACCACAGUAUUUCCCUAAUUCGUACAACUAGCUAGCAACCUAGUUAAGUGUGUUCUUUUUCCGUUGGCGUUGUUUUAAAUUCACAUUUUAAUAGCAUUGGAGAUUUUGAACCACCACAACAGUUAAUCGCUAACGUUAGCUAGCAAGUCGGCUAGCCUGGAACUUCUGUAACUGCAAGCACGCCUGAUGUCUGCCGAGGCUUCUGCAGGGAGUGUGGCAGCUGCCUCCGUCCCCACCACCCAGUCCUCUGGCCGGGGCAGUGAGGAGAAGGGGGUUGGAGGGGGUCUGGCGGGGAGUAAAUAUGUGAAGCUGAAUGUUGGGGGCUCCCUGCAUUACACCACGGUACAGACCCUGAGUAAAGAGGACGGUCUACUAAGGAGCAUGUGCAAUGGAGGAGCAGAGGUCACCAUAGAUUCGGAGGGCUGGGUAGUGUUGGACAGGUGUGGUCGCCAUUUUGGCUUGGUGCUGAACUUUAUGCGGGACGGCUCGGUACCGCUUCCGGAGUCGCACCGAGAGCUGGAGGAAGUUCUGAAGGAAGCUCAGUACUACAGGGUGCAGGGACUAGUCCAGCACUGCACCUCUGCCAUGCAGAAACAAAGGGACGUCUAUGAGGGUGUAUGCCGCAUUCCCAUGAUUACCUCAGCCAAAGAAGAACAGAGAAUGAUAACCACCUGCAGGAAGCCUGUAGUAAAACUACAGAACAACAGAGGGAACAACAAGUAUUCGUACACCAGUAACUCGGACGACAACCUGCUGAAAAACAUUGAGCUGUUUGAUAAACUGGGGCUGCGCUUCAACGGGCGCGUUCUGUUUGUCAAGGACGUGCUCGGGGACGAGAUCUGCUGCUGGUCUUUCUAUGGUGAGGGCCGCAAGAUCGCCGAGGUGUGCUGCACGUCCAUUGUCUAUGCCACUGAGAAGAAACAGACCAAAGUGGAGUUUCCUGAAGCGCGCAUCUUUGAGGAGACCCUCAACAUCCUCAUCUAUGAGAAUGGGCGUGGUUCUGGCCCGGGAGGCGUGGCCCUUUUGGAGUCAUCAUCGCCGGGGGCCAGCCAAUCCGAGGAGGAGGGGGCCAGCGCAGGGGACCGAAGGGUGAGGAGGAUCCACGUGAGGAGGCACAUCAUGCACGACGAGCGAGGACACGGCCAACAGACUGUGUAUAAGGACUGAGAAAAAAUAAUUAACUGUGGGGGUAAGAGAGGAUGAAGAGAGGGAGAUAGCGGCAGGGUAAAGAUACAGGUUGUUUGGCGGCGGGGUGUUUGCAUGGAGAGGUUAGGGUUGAUGUUUAGUAGGGGGGGUGGGACAGGUUCUUAUAUAAGGAAGGAGGUGUGGGACUUCGGAGAUGCUCAUUACCAAGGACUGCUAUAUAUAUAUAUAUAUAUAUAUAUAUAUAUAUAUCUAUAUAUAUAUAUAUAGCAGUCCUUGGUAAUACUUUUUUUUGCAUGAUCGGAAAACAAAGGUGGGACUAUUACACUAAUCAACGUGCACACGUUGGGGAGAAGGGUAGAGAGAAUUGGACCACAGCAUAGGUCUGCAAAUACCUAAGGGCUAGUUGGGGCUUUCUCCCGACCAGGCUUGGGUGGUGGUAAUGUGACUGGAAGAUGGAGGUUCAACUAAGGUACUUUAACUCUGCACUAAAAGGGAAAUGGGAGGGUGGAGUGGGGUGGUGAUAGUAGGUUAGAGGAAACGUGACUGCUGAGCAUCUGCUGGAUGUUUAUUCCUUUUGAAUUGAUUACUGUUGUAUUUGUCUCUGUAUUUAUUCUUUAUUAUUUUAUGUUAAUUUUACCCUUUUUUAUAUAACUUUAAAUACAUUAUUUAUUAUUUAUUCUGUAUAGAUGUCGGUGGGGAUUGUGUGAGUGUUGAGGUGCUGAUCUGAUAUGAUGUCUUGACCAGUUUACGCACUGAUCGCUUUCUGAACCGACACUUGAUGCCAUGCUCAUCCAAUAUGUUGAGGCAAUGUCACGAAUGGCCAUGUCAUGUUUAACGGCCAUGUGAGUUCAUGUUGACACAUUGACGUGCUAAACCAUUUUUUAAUAUUUUUGUCCAUGAUUACCGUGCCUAAUUGAAACAGGAUUUCAUGUUGGGUCUGAUGUUGAAAUCAGGCUUUAUGUGGCUCUCUAAAAAUCAUUUUGAUUAAGUCUUUGUAUUCAAUUUGGUACAUACAGUGAGGGAAAAAAGUAUUUGAUCCCCUGCUGAUUUUGUACGUUUGCCCACUGACAAA